AUGACAUUCGCCGUUGUUGGCAUAUUGGGCCAUUUCAGCAAGACAUUGCUUUUGUUUUUUAUUCCCCAAAUAUUAAACUUUUUGUACUCGCUGCCUCAGCUGUUCCGUAUCGUCCCUUGUCCGAGACAUCGGUUGCCAAGGUAUGUUGUUUUCAGUUUCAUCUUCUGUAAAAUCCGUGCAAUUGCAAUCAGCCCAUUGAAACAGGUGGAAACUCAUCGAGGACUAGUGUUAUCAUGCGAGAACUUGCGAGUUAAACGAACAAACUUCCAUGUUGUAAGUUAUAUUCUCCUUACGGUGGUUCCAAUUCGCUUUCAUCUACAUGAUAUCUGGUGA